AUGAUCAAUGAAAAAAAAUAGUUAAUGAUGGGAUAAAAAUCAUAGAUAAUUACUCCUUCAUACAACUUUUAUGAGUUAAUUUCAAGAUUAAACUCUGUCUAUGUGGUUGAAACUAAGUAAAAUCAAAUUAUUAAUUAGUAUUAAAAUAUCGCUAAACCAAGCAAAUGAUAAUACUCCUGCAGCCUGA